AUGGGAAUAUUUCAAAGAAUUCUAUAUUGCUGUCGGCCGCCAAAUCUUCCAAGCUCCGAUGCCAAAAGUGUCUCGACGCGAGGAGAAGCUCAUCGCGAUCUGUCGGCGUCUUUCGACGAGCACCUUCUAAGCAUUCAGGAAAUUGCCGAUCGUUUCACUCUUUCUCACAUCAAUCCCGAUCAGCCAAAACAAUCGAAAGGGCUAAUCAAUGAAGUGGCAAAAAUCAAAUUGCAGAAAGAGGGCCGAAAUGCUCUCUCGCCACCAAAAACGAUAAGUAAUUGGCAGUUGUUUCUCAGCCAAUUCAAAAACCUCCUAUGGCUUCUGAUGUUCGGCGCCGCUGCGCUUUGCUUCCUAACCUAUGCCUACGAUUCAUCGGACCCGCUUGACCUCUACGUCGGCAUCUUCAUCGUCGGCAUCGUCGUCUUCAUGUGCAUCGUCUCAUUUCUCGAAGAGAAGAAGGGCGUCAAGGUGGUCCGCGCGUUUCAAACCCUGAUGCCCACCUCAUGCUCGGCAAUUCGCGACGGUAAAGAAGUUGUGAUAAAUCCGGAAGAGCUUGUCGUCGGCGAUAUUGUCGUCGUGAGAUCCGGCUCGAAGGUUCCAGCCGACAUUCGAAUCAUUAGCAACACCGACUUUUUUCUGGAGACCAGCUCAAUUACCGGCGAGGCCGAGCCGCUCGAGUUCAACUCGAGUCCCGUGGAGUACGAAAAAUCGAUAUUCGAGGCCUACAACAUCGCGUUCAAUGGCUCGUUUUGUGUCGACGGCGAAGGCUACGGUGUAGUCAUCCGAACCGGCGAGGCCACUGUCAUCGGACAGAUCGCCAGGCUCACCAUCGGUCAGGAAGACACGAAAUGCAAAUUCGAAUUGGAAAUUGAGCGAUUUGUGAAGCUCAUCACCAUCAUGGCAAUCACAAUGGCUACGGUAAUUUUCGCCAUAGGACUCGUCGUGUCUGGAGGUCACGGAGUUGUGAGACUAUUCGUCACUGGCUUCCUAAUGGUCAUCAUCGCCAAUGUGCCACAAGGCCUACCGACUACCGUAACCACCGAGCUUACCGUAAUCGCUCGACGAAUGGCGAAGAAAAACGUGUUUCUGAAGAAGCUUGAGAAAAUCGACAGCGUCGGAGCGACGACGGUCAUCGCCUCUGACAAGACGGGAACGCUCACGAAGAAUUGCAUGACUGUCACCGAUUUGUGGUACAACAACUGCUAUAAUAGUGCGCGUCCUGAGAAUCAAGGUCGGACGACAAAGCGUCGAGUGCCGGGCCAAUCGCAUCGAGCAACGGAUUACUAUGAUCAGCCGCUUAGCGAUAUUCUCAACGUGAUCUGCGUUUGCAAUAAAGCGCGAAUCGAGAACAACAUGACGAUGAACACAAUUCCGAAACGAGUCGACUCGGAGCUCGAUCUUGCCGCAUAUCGAACGCCGGCGAUGAGGGAGCUGCUGAUUUCCGGCAAUCCGUCGGAAGUCGCACUACUCAAAUACGCGGCCGGAUUGAUUCCAGUCAAUGAGAUUCGCGAUACGUUUCACGUGAUGUUUGAGGUGCCGUUCAACUCAGUUCGCAAGUAUCAUCUAAUCGUCGCCGUCAAAAUGUCGACGUAUCUCGAGCUUGAUGAGCGGAAGCGCAAAGAGCAAGACGUUGAGUUCAUCGUUAUGGUCAAAGGCGCGCCAGAGGGGAUCAUUGAGCAUUGCUCGACGCUGAGUCAUGAGGGCGACCAAGUAGAGCUUGAUGAGAAGAAGCUUGACGACUUCCACAAAGCCUACAACAAUUUUGGCGACGAGGGAUGUCGCGUGAUCGGAUUCGCGUUGAAGCGAUUCCGCGCGCCGCCAUCCACCGUGUUCUCCAUGAAAUCGAGCACGGUGCCAAUGGAGGAAUGGACGUUCCUGGGGAUGAGCGCGAUCAUGGACCCGCCGAGAGACGACACGGUGAAAGCGAUUCGAGCGUGCAAGCAGGCCGGCAUUAAAGUCUACAUGGUUACUGGCGACCACAAAUCGACGGCGACGGCCAUCGCGCGACAAAUUGGAAUGAUUGACAAUGAGGAGGUGUCGAAUGUCGAUCAUAACUAUCAAGUGGUCCGCAAGACGUGCACCACGGAUUGGACGGUGAUCACCGGUCCCGAGUUGCUCAUGCUCAAUAGUAAGCAAUGGGACGCGCUGUUGGAGCAUCGAUAUAUCGUGUUUGCCAGAACGACACCCGAACACAAAUUGAUGAUUGUGACGGAGAGCCAGAAGCGCGGCGAGUGCGUGACCGUCACCGGCGACGGCGUCAACGAUGCGCCGGCGUUGAAGAAGGCCGACGUUGGUGUCGCGAUGGGAAUCGCGGGAAGCGACGUCGCGAAACAAGCGGCCGACAUCAUUCUACUCGAUGACAACUUCUCAUCGAUUGUCAACGGCAUCGAAGAGGGCCGCCUUCUGUUCGACAAUCUUCGAAAGACGAUCGCCUACACGAUGACGCACAUGUGGCCCGAAUUGGUGCCGGUCAUGCUCAAUUUCUUUUUCGGCUUCCCGUUGGGCCUCACGCCGGUGCAAAUUCUAUCGAUCGAUUUGAUCACCGACGUGCCGCCGGCGGUCUCGUUGGCCUACGAGGGUCCCGAAUCGGACAUAAUGCGUCAGCCGCCGAGAAAGAAGCAAACUCAUCUCGUCACCAAAGGCCUCAUGACAUACACCUAUUUGUUCAUGUCGAUGCUCAUCUCAAUCGGCGGAAUCAUCUCCUACCUGCUCACCUAUCAUUUGAACGGCAUUCGCCCGAUAGAGUUGGCGUUUAGUGCGAAUCACCACUUUAAACAGGGCGCCGCCAAUUUCACGUUGGACAAUGGACGCGUCCUGGGAGAAGCUGAACAAGUGCAUAUUGCUGGACAGGCGGCCGCCGCGUUCCACAUCGCCGUCGUCGUCGGUCAGGCGUUCCAUUUAUGGAUGUGUUUGACGCGACGCGUUUCCAUUGUUCAACACGGAAUCGCCAACAUCGUGGCGCUGUUCGCCGUCGUCAUCGAUCUGCUCCUCAUCAGCCUGUUCACGUUCGUUCCCGGCGUUAACUAUGUGUUCGGCUCGCGUCCGCCGCCGUGGCAGACGUGGCUGGUGCCGAUCGCCGUCGGCUCCGUCAUUUGGGCGUUCAACGAGUCGCGAAAAUAUGGCAUUCGAAACUAUCCGAAAAAUCGAUUUAUUCGUUUGGUGAAAUGGUAG